AUGGAAGUAAAGAAAAUUCCAGAGGUGAUACUAUGCUCAGGGCAAAAGAUGCCACUGAUAGGCAUGGGAACUGCACCAAAUCCUCUUACACCACAAGAAGCUCUCAUUUCCAUCUUCAUUGAUGGCUUUGAUGUUGGAUACAGACACUUUGACACUGCUUCUCUCUAUGGAAGCGAGGAGCCUCUAGGAAAAGCUGUGGCAAAGGCUUUAGAGCUAGGCCUUAUAAAAGGCCGUGAUGAAGUCUUCAUCACUUCAAAACUUUGGUGCACUGAUGCACAACAUGACCUUGUUCUUCCAGCUCUAAAAACCACACUGCAGAAGCUGGGGCUGGAGUAUGUAGAUCUCUAUUUGAUUCAUUGCUGCGGUCAAGUGGAAAUGAACCCAUCAUGGCAGCAGGGGAAACUUAGAGAAUUCUGCAAGCAGGAAGGAAUCCAUGUGAGUGCAUGGUCACCACUAGGAGCAUACAAAACUUCGUGGGGUUCAAAUGCAGUGAUGGAAAACCCAAUCCUUAUGGAAAUAGCUCGUGCAAGACAGAAGAGCGUGGCUCAGGUAGCACUAAGAUGGAUAUACGAGCAAGGGACAAGCCCCAUUGCGAAAAGCUUCAACAAGGAGAGGAUGAAACAAAACCUUGAAAUAUUUGAUUGGGAACUGAGCCAGGAGGAAUUACAAAAAUUGAGCCAGAUUCCACAGCGUAGGACAGUUACUGGAGAACAAUUUGUAUCAGAAAACGGGCCCUUCAAGUCCUUGGAAGAACUGUGGGAUGGAGAACCCUGAAAUCAUUCCUUGUAGCAGCAAAAUGUCAUCCAAAUAUAUGUUUGUGUAUAACUCCAUACCCAUGGAGUGGAUUUAUCAAUGUUGCCAACCCAUUUAAUGGGAUAAGAUUUGGUUAUUAACUUGUUAUGCCUGUUUUGUUGUAUUGUUAGUAACUUUUCCUAAACGUAAGUAACUAGGAUCUAUCCAUCAAAAUAUUCAUAG